AUUAUUACCACAUGAUUUUUAUUGAAAUUGUUUUGAUAUCGAUGCUAGUUGUAAAUAUUUCUAUGUUGAAUUUUUUUUUUCAAAAUGUCGUUAAUUACUAGUAGUUAUUUGAAGAACUUGAUAAGCUUUUUACCGAGUAGUUAUUGUUUUGCUUUCGCUUAUGGAUCAGCCGUGUUCAAGCAGUCAAUUUCAGCAUUUGACCGAUCAUCAUCUUCCACAUCUAAAUCUAAAUCUUUUGCCGCCUCAGUGUUAUCGAAUGGCUCAGCUAAGAAAGACGCUAACAUGGUUGAUUUGGUUGUUGUUGUUGAUGAUAGCCUGGAAUUCCAUAGGAAUAAUCUAAGAAACAAUGCUCAACAUUACUCAUUGUUACGACACCUUGGACCUAAGGGAGUUGCUCAUAUUCAAGACAAUUUUGGAGCUCGUGUUUAUUACAAUAGUUUAGUGACAAUCAAAGAUGACAAUGGUGUAGAUCGAUUGAUUAAAUAUGGUGUUAUUAGUAGGAAAAAUUUAAUUAAUGAUCUAUUUGAUUGGGACUUCUUGUAUAUUAGUGGAAGACUGCAUAAACCUGUGAAAAUAAUUCACUCUCCAAGUGAUGAUGGAAGCAUUGCCAAAGCAUUGUCAAUUAAUCACCAAAAUGCUCUGUAUUCGGCCUUAUUGUUAUUGAGUGAAACUUUCACAGAAGAACAAUUGUUCACAACAAUAGCUAAUUUAAGUUAUAAUGGAGACUUUCGCAUGACAUUCGGCGAGGAUAAGAACAAAGUUUCAAAGAUCGUUAAGCCAAACAUUGAAAAGUUUCGCUCUAUUUAUCAACCUUACAUUGGAUCGUCCAUCGAAAAAGGUUUAUUAACAUUUAAUAGUAAUCAACGAACUUAUUUCCAAGAUCUUUCACCGCGUGUGCUUUUUCAUAAUCUCAGUCUGUUGCCUAAAAAAGUUCAGCAAAAUUUAUAUUUCAACUAUGAAACCAGAGGAAAACUUCGAGAUUUGGAUGAUGUUCUAAUGGCAGUAGCUCAAAGUUACAAUUAUUCUGAUUAUGUGAAAAAUGCAAUUAGUCAAAUUGUUUGGAGGUCAAGCUGGACUCAAAGUGCUAAAGGAGUUUUUACAGCCGGUCUUGUUAAGUCUUUUAUUUAUAGCAGUAGAAAAAUCAUAAAAAUGAACAAAUCUUGAGUCAUUUUGUUGUCUUAUUAAUUAUUGAAUGUUGAAAUUCAAAUAAAGUUUAAUCCAUGAUUUUAAA